AUGGUGUGUCCCGUCAGUUUCUUCGCUCGACAUCGCGGGGUAUCAGAGUGGCACACACAUGCUCUGAGUGCUCAUGGGGUGACAGCCUUAUUGGUCUGGGCUAUCCUGAUUGUGCAGUUGGCCACAGGAACAGUCGCAACAGGUCACAAGGUCAUGAAAGUCCACAAGUAUUUGGGUCGGGUGCAGAUGCUGCUGUCCCCACCCCUCAUGAUCAGUGGCUGGUGUUUGUUGCUCUGGAAGGCUUACGUGGACUUUUGGCUUCAUGGAGCUUACAAGCACAUCUUGGUGGCGGAUUCCAUCUAUUAUGUUGUUCCUCAGAUGUCGCUGCUUCAAAUGCUGUACUUCUACGACGUAACGAAGCUACACCUGACAUCUCCACUUCACCGGAUUGUCGGGGCUUGGGAAGGAUAUGUUCGUUCAUUUGCACUGGUCUCUUCUUGCGCCUCCACGGCACUUCUCGGUUGGAGGUCCUGGUGGGAGCAGUGGGGUCUGGGCCUUGAGCUGAUCAUUCUCACAUUUCCCAUGACCAUGCUGGAGAUGUACCUGAGCUACAACCACGGCAGUCGUCGUAAGCUACCUCAUGCCGUGGAUGGGCUCCUCUACACCUUGAGCAACAUCCCAGGGACGCAAAUCGUGCUCGCCCACGAUUGCUAUUGGCUUCGUGAUCAAUGCCUCAGCUGGACAGAGAUCUUUGCAUUGGACUCCUUCGUUCUGCUGCUUGCAUUCAUCUGGUUCGGGCAGAAGUACCGCUCUUGCAAGGGGGACAGGUUCAAGGAGACCUUCGUCGAGGAAAGCGACACCAGAGAACCCAGUGGGAUCAAAGCACGCGACAGAGCCGACCCAGUCCAAGCCAAUGCCGAUGGUCAGAAGAAAAAUCUGGACCCUGCAUGUAUAAUGGACCUGGGUAAUCAGACCCUCGAGAUGCUGAAGCAUGUGCCCUUGAGUUCGCAGCACAACUUGUGGCCUGCCGUCAAGCCGGGUGAGUUGGCGGCAAAGUUCCACACGAAUCCACCAGAGACCCCCAAAGAGUUUGGCGAAAUCUUGAAGAAGAUGGAAAAACACGUGUUUCCAGGCGUGGUGAGCUGGCAGCAUCCAUUGUUCAUGGCCUACUACCCAUGCAGCGCCUCGACCCCGGCAAUCCUUAGCGAACUGGUGGUUGCUGCUAUCGGCUCGGUUGGUCUGCAAUGGGCUUCAAAUCCCAUCGCGACCGAACUGGAGGUGGUGGUCAUGGAUUGGGUGGCCAAGCUACUGAACCUAGGAAAGGCCUUCGAGCACAGCUCUGGAAGAGGUGGUGGUCUCAUUCUCGGCAAUUCAGGUGAGGGCAUGCUGAAUGCGAUGCUGAGCGCAAAGAUCCGGAAGCACCGCGAGGUGAAGCCUUCCCUGACUUGGGAGGAUGCCUUCUACCAAGACACUUCCUCCUUCGUGGCCUACGCCUCCAGCGAGGCGCACUACAGCGCGAUCAAGGCCUGUCGCCUGGCGGGUUUGCGCACGAAGAUUCUGCAGGCCGAGGCCGAUCCUUCGGGGAACUUGGCCUUGAAAGCCAGCACCCUUCGAAAAGCCAUGGAGGAGGACCGGAAGAAUGGCCUUAUGCCGAUCGCCCUGAUGCUGACAUAUGGUAGCACCAACACCUCGGCAAAGGACGACUUGGCAUCCUUCAAGGAGUUUGCCAAGGAGCUCUGGAUUCAUGUUGAUGCCGCAUAUGCCGGAGCAGCCUGGUGCUUGGAGAAAUUCAAGGACGAGGCUGCUCCGCUAGCUGAGGUUGCAACCUCUUUAGGCGUCAGCGGUGCCAAGUGGUUCCUCUGUGGCUUUGAUACCGCCUUCUUCUGGACGAAAGAUCGGCGCCUCCUCACUGACGUCUUCUCAGCCUCCGGCUCGUACAUGGUAGACGCGAUCGAGGAACCAUCCCAGUAUGCGCCGGAGUUCAAGGAUUGGGCCGUUCCCUGCGGUCGACGAUUCCGUUCGCUUCGAGUGUGGGCAGUCUUCGAGUAUUUUGGGACGGCGCACUUCAAGGGCUAUAUCCAACAAAGCAUUGACCAAGCUGACUGGCUGCGAGCUCGCAUUGAUGAACACCCUGCCUACGAGCAACCUGUAACAACUCAGUUCGGACUUGUGUGUCUCUGUUCAGUACAUGGGGACGAGACCACCAAGUUCCUUUGCGAGCAUUUGCAAGGCCACGGUUUUGGAGUGCUUUCCUCUGUGCUCCGGGGCACGGUGUUCCUGCGCAUUGCGCUUGGGAGCCCAUUGACUGAGCAAGUUCACAUUGAGGCUCUUUGGCAGAGCAUGGUGAAGUUUGCUGAGGAAGUCCCGUAG